CGAAGAUUAGACUCGCUUCGACACCAACACCUCACCGGCCGCGCCGCAAUGUCCGAAUUGAAGAGUAAACAAGAAGAACGAAUACAAGAUGCUCCUCAUCAAGCAGGAAAACCAGCAGAUAUCGCAUCCGUCAACGAACGUUCCGCCUGUCUCUCUAUGACUCCAGGUUUCCAUCUCCGUCCUCCACCCGCUCCUCACGACCUUACCGAAUUUCUUACGCCAGAAGCACAACUCUUUCAAACCAUCCACAUGGGCAAACCUACCAUUGACCUUUCUCGCUACCGACUCAAAAUCCACGGUCUCGUCAAGAAUCCAUAUGUUCUUACUCUUUCCGAACUCAAAUCUCUUCCGAGCACGAGUAUAACUUCUUUCCAUGAAUGUUAUGGCAGUCCACUUCAGCCUCCUGUGAAGAACCUCUGGCGUAUUGGAAAUGUAAAGUGGACGGGUGUGCGAUUAAAAGACCUUCUCGCUCGAGCAGGCGUCCCUCCACCAGCAGAAUCUGAUCAGAACUACUACAUCUGGACAGACGGCCUCGACUCCGGCUCCUUCGGUGGAUACGAAGCAGAUCGAUAUCAGAAAGACCUACCACUUUGGAAAGCUUGGAAAGAUCAGGUUUUGGUUGCGUGGGAAAUGAAUGGUGAACCGCUGGGGUGGGAACGUGGUGGGCCGGUGAGAUUGGUUGUUCCCGGGUGGUUUGGGACGAAUUCGACGAAGUGGUUGUGCGGGAUUGAGCUUCGGCAAGGGAGGAGUGGGGGUUUAUUUACUACAAGAUUCUAUAAUGAGAGAGGGACUGGGGAGGAUGGGAAGGAGGUUGUGAAGCCGGUUUGGGAGGUUGGUGUUAAUUCUUUGAUUGUGAGACCGAGGGAUGGAGAAAUUGUUGAUGGGCAGGGCAGAGAGGUGGAGAUUUGGGGAUGGGCGUGGAGUGCACCGGGAGUUGAGAGGGUGGAGGUUAGUGUUGAUGGUGGGAAGAGCUGGAGUGAUGCGGAUGUGGUUGAGAGAGUUGAGCACGAAUGGCAGAAGUUCUCAGCGAAGGUUGUGCUCGAUGCUGGUUCAUACUUUGUUGUAGCUAGGGCAAUAUCGAAGGAUGGGGAUGUGCAACCACUUGAGGGAAGGAGAAAUCAUGUUCAUAGAAUAAAUAUUCAGGUCACAGAUCAAAGAUGAUCUACAUCUGAAUUACAGCGGAAUACCCUCUCGUAAAAUAUCUCCUUCGAUCAAGAUUAUGUUGCAUUUUGUUCUUUUCCACGUAUCAUGGAGCACGACUGAGGUCUUCACAUGUACUCUGCCAAGACGCUACGAUUAGUCCUUUGUCUCCCGCGGAAGGACGCAUCCUGCACCUGCCACGACACUCGGAGAUUCGACCUUCCCACCCUUAUUACAUCAAGAGCCAGAAAUGCACUCGAGAAUGUCCCAAUGCUCAUGACAAGCGAACAAGACCGUUUAAGCGAAUCGCGGUUCGAGAAGUCUCCAAGCUUGAUCCGGAGGAGGCAAUAACAGCAAGUCUUCUAUCCGGAUCUCGGAACUCACUCUCUUGCGCAUCGUCGACGAACACCUUCCAAGUCAUGCGCAUGUCAGCCGGCGCUCUC